AUGCGAGGGAAACUCAUCUCCGAGACUUACGGGGAACAGGAUGGGCACUGCCAGUCGUUGAGUGGCCAGUCCUCAGCCGAAGAGGCGGUAUGCAAGCAAAGCUACGAUAUAGAUGCUGCUGGAUUUCACUGGCAGUGUGUCGUCGCGUUGAAGUCUUCCGGUGGCUUUACCUGCCAGUACUCGCAUUUGUGCCAGCACGAGGAGAACCCGGCCGCCGUGUGGGAUUCGCUUCCAGUCCUUAGUGCAGACGUCAAGUUGGAGAUGACACUUGUGGAUUUCGAAAAGACGGCCAACAGACACCCCCACAUGGCACGCCUCACGGGCAACAAAUUCUUGGUUUUCGCGCGCAAUAACAUUGGGGGCAAAGGGAUGCAAUGCCAGGCAGUGGAAGAUGUUGUGGGUGGCAUCCUGACUGGUGAUCGACUCGACAUUCCCAGCGGUACGCAACAUGGCGCGCAAAUUUCAGAGAACAAGGUCGCCAUCUGCCGCCAUGCAGGUUCGAUGCUGAGGUGUUACACUGUGACGGCAAAUGCUCGCAGUCUUUCCAAAACUAGCGAGCAGGACAUGCCAAAUCGGAUCAGCCCCAUGGAGUACACCUACAUGCCGACACUGUUGUACCUUGAGGAGCACAAGGUGCUGCUGUGCGGCUAA